AUGGGUCUCUAUACCAGCUACUAUGCGUUUGGGCUCCCCACCUUCGUGACUCUUGUCAUAGCCCUAUACCUCUUAUUUACUGGCUCGGGGGAGGCAUUCAACGUCGGCAGGUUCCUCGAAGAGUCCAGUCCGUAUGCGUGGGCUGCGACUGGUAUUGGCUUGUGUAUUGGGCUGAGUGUGCUUGGAGCUGGAUGGGGCAUCUUCGUUACGGGUGCAUCGAUUCUCGGUGGUGGUGUUAGAGCGCCUCGCAUACGGACAAAGAAUCUCAUUAGCAUCAUUUUCUGCGAAGUCGUCGCAAUCUACGGAGUGAUCAUCGGCAUCGUCUAUUCUGCAAAGCUAAGCCAAGUACCCGACACGCAGAUCUACACCAAAGACAACUACUUCACCGGCUUCGCCAUUUUCUGGGGGGGUCUGACAGUUGGCGCAUGCAAUCUCUUAUGUGGUAUCUGCGUCGGAAUUACGGGCUCGACGGCUGCUCUCGCUGACGCCGCCGACCCCAACCUUUUCGUCAAGAUCCUCAUUGUCGAGGUCUUCGGUAGCAUUCUGGGCUUAUUCGGAUUGAUUGUUGGUCUACUUAUGGUCGGCAGGACCAAGGACUUCGCUGCUGCUUCCCCG